AUGAUGAGAAUGGUGGAGAGGACGCUGGAAAAAGGAAUAGCAAUAGAAAAUAAACAAGAGUACGAGCACUGGAGGAAGGUGAACACGAGUGGAAUAAAGAACAAAGAUUACGCAGAAAGGAUAUUCAGCGUGAGAUUGAAGAACAGGAGCAAGAAAGAGAUUAUGGAGAAGGAAAGGAAGAGAGAGGAAGAAGAAGAAGAAGAAGAAGAAGAAGAAGAGACUGGGAUAUAA